UAUAGGUUCGGGCCAUUCCCGAGCUCGGAGCUCGGAGCCCUUCCCCGGACAGCACGCCAAAUACAUAUUAACAUACUUCAGCUAAUUAUAUAGUUUAAUGAAGAAAGUGAGGAGAAAGAAGAAUUGAGUGAAGAUGAGGAGAAACAUCAUGCCAGAACUGGAGUAAAACCUUUGAGUUGCUCUCAAACCAAACAGAAAGAUUUAAAGAAAAGAGACAAUAAAUCUUUCACCUGUCCUCUAUGUGGAAAGAGUUUGAUAAAAAAUAGUCUUGUACUUCACAUGAGAAGUCACACUGGAGAGAAACCUUUCACUUGUGGUCAGUGCGGGAAGAGAUUCACACAAUCAGCAACCCUUAAGUAUCACAUGAACAUCCACACUAAAGAGAAACCUUACAAGUGUUCACACUGUGACAAGAGAUUCAGUCAGUCAUCUCAUCUGAAAACACAUGAGAGGAUCCACACUGGAGAAAAACCAUACAAGUGUUCACACUGUAACAAGAGAUUCAGUCAGUCAUCACAUUUGAAAACACACAAAAGGAUUCACACUAGAGAUAAACAGUACAAAUGUUCACACUGUGACAAGAGAUUCGGUCAGUCAGGACAUCUGAAAAAACAUGAGAGGAACCACACUGGAGAGAAACCUUUAAAGCAUUCACACUGUAACAAGAGAUUCAGUGUGUCAGGAGACCUGAAAACACAUGAGAUGGUCCACACUGGAGAGAAACCUUACACGUGUUCACACUGUGACAAGAGAUUCAGUCAGUCAGGACAUCUGAAAACACAUGAAAGGAUCCACACUGGAGAGAAACCUUAUAAGUGUUCACACUGUGACAAGAGAUUCAGUCAGUCAUCACAUCUGAAAACACAUGAAAGGAUCCACACUGGAGAGAAACCUUAUAAGUGUUCACACUGUAACAAGAAAUUCAGUCAGUCAGGAGACCUGAAAACACAUGAGAUGGUCCACACUGGAGAGAAACCUUACAAGUGUCCACACUGUGACAAGAGAUUCAGUCAUUCAUCACAUCUGAAAACACAUGAGAGGUUCCACACUGGAGAAAAACUGUACACAUGUGAUCAGUGCGGGAAGAGUUUCACACGAUCAUUAAGCCUUAAGAGACACAUGAAGAUCCACACUGGCAAGAAACCUUAUGAGUGUUCACACUGUGACAAGAGAUUUAGUCAGUCAUCAAGUCUGAAAACGCACAAGAGGAUCCACACUGGAGAAAAACCUUACAAUUGUGAUCAGUGCGGGAAGAGUUUCACAAGAUUAUUAGGCCUUAAGAAACACAUGAACAUCCACACUAGAGAGAAACCUUACACUGGAGAGAAACCGUAUCACUGCUCUGCGUGUGAGUUGAUUGAAGAAAACGAGGAGAAUAGAGAAUCAAGUGAAGUUGAGGAGAAACAUCAUGAGAAGACAGAUGAUGUGACUUAUACUGAAGUUACUGUGUGCAGAAAAAACAGAGCCAAGAAGAACAAGGUUCGCUGUGAUGAUAAAGUGACUUACGCUUCCAUCAGAAGCACCAGAGAAAUUGGAAAUAAGGGAGUGCUUUUGGGGUUUUACUCCUCAGAUGACCACCCUGGCUACUUUUUGAAUCAAGCAGGAAUAAUAUCUGGAGGAGUGUCAUCUGAACUGAGAUCUGCUGCUGUGAAGAUGAUGUUCUUUAAAGAGGAGAGUGAAGAGAACACGAGUGAACAAGAAACCUGGAGAAUAAAACACGAGGAACCAGAAACGUGGAGAAUAAAACAAGAGGAUCCAGAAACUUGGAGAAUAAAACACGAGGAACCAGAAACUUGGAGAAUAAAACAAGAGGAUCCAGAAACCUGGAGAAUAAAACACGGGGAACCAGAAACCUGGAGAAUAAAACAAGAGGAGCCAGAAACUUGGAGAAUAAAACACGGGGAACCAGAAACCUGGAGAAUAAAACACGAGGAACCAGAAACCUGGAGAAUUAAGCAUGAGGAACAAGGAGAGUUUAUUGAAGAAAGUGAGGAGAACCAAGAAUUGAGUGAAGAUGAGGAGAAACAUCAUGUCAAAACUGGAGAAAAACCUUUGAGUUGCUCUCAAACCAAACAGAAAGAUUUAAAGAAAAUAAGAGCCAAGAAAUCUUUCACCUGCACUCAGUGUGGAAAGAGUUUGAGAAGAAAAAAUAGUUUUGAUGUUCACAUGAGAAUUCACACUGGAGAGAAACCUUAUAAGUGUUCACACUGUGAGAAGAGAUUCAGGGAUCCAUCAAGACUGAAAACACACGAGAGGAUCCACACUGGAGAGAAUCCGUACACUUGUGAUCAAUGCGGGAAGAGUUUUGCACGAAAAGUAAUCUUUAUGACACAUAUGAAAAUUCAUACAGGAGAGAAACUGUACACAUGUAAUCAAUGUGGAAAGAGUUUGAAAUUUAAAUAUAGUCUUAAGCGUCACAUGAGAGUUCAUACUGGUGAGAAACUGUACACUUGUGAUCAGUGCGGGAAGAGUUUUGCAUGGAAAGGAAUCCUUAUAAGACAUAUGAGAAUUCAUACAGGAGAGAAACUGUACACAUGUAAUCAAUGUGGGAAGAGUUUGAUUAGCAAAUGUAGUCUUGAGAUUCACAUGAGAGUUCAUACUGAUGAGAAACUGUACACUUGUGAUCAGUGCGGGAAGAGUUUCUCACACUCAGCAAACCUUAAGAGACACAUGAACACCCACACUGGAGAGAAGCAGCACUCAUGUGAUCAAUGCAGCAAGAGAUUUUUAAGAGCUUCAGACCUGAAGCAGCACCUGAAAGUUCAUACAAAGGAGAAACCACAUUCAUGUAGUUUGUGUGGAAAGAGUUUUUCACGUUUUUCAAUUUUGAAUGAACAUCAGAAAACACAUACUGGUGUGAAAGAGUACAUGUGCUGUGAGUGUGAAAAGACUUUUAUUUCAGCAAAGUGUUUAAAACAGCACCAGAUGAUUCACACUGGAGAAAAACCUUAUAAGUGUUCACACUGUGACAAGAGAUUCAACCAUGCAUCAAAUCUGAGAAGACAUGAGAGGAUCCACACCGGAGAGAAACCGUAUCACUGCACUGAAUGUGGGAAGUGUUUCAAUCGUUCAUCUGGUCUACACAAACAUACAAAAAACAAUCAUACAAAUUGUUUAAAACAGCAGAUGAUCCACACUGGAGAGAAACCUUACAAGUGUUCACACUGUGACAAGAGCUUCAGUGUGUUAGGAAAUCUGAAAAGACAUGAGAGGAUCCACACCGGAGAGAAACCGUAUCACUGCACUGAAUGUGGGAAGUGUUUCAAUCGUUCAUCUGCUCUACACAUUCAUACAAAAAACAAUCAUAAGUUGAUUGAAGAAAACGAGGAGUAUAAAGAAUCAAGUGAAGUUGAGGAGAAACAUCAUGUCAAAACUAGAGAAAAACUUUUCUUUUUUUGAGAGUUCCUCUCAAACCAAACGGAAAUAUUUAAAGAAAAGAAGAGCCAAGAAAUAUGUGAUCUGCAUUAAGUGUGGAAAGAGAUUGAAAAGCAAUACAAGUCUUGAGGAUCACAUGAGAGUUUAUACUGGAGAGAAAUCAUUCACAUGGGAUCAAUGUCGGAAGAGUUUCACACAAUCAGCAAAUCUAAAGGAACACAUGAAGAUACACACUGGAAAAAGCAUCUUGGUCCCAGAGUUGAUAAAUCUAAAACUGACACUUUAUCUUUUUCAUGUGUACAGCCAGUCUGUAUAUUUUGUCAAACGAUGUUAUCAUCAUCGCAUGUCUUUACCAACGGUGUUGUUGAGCCCUAAUUAGAUUUUCAUUUAAUUCAUGUUCAUUUGUCUUAUAAUGCAUAUCACUUUUAGUUUGCUUAUGUUUUCAUGAAGGAAAGUAGCUUUUUACAAACUGUUCAGGAAGCUGAAGAGGAGACUAACAUUUUAAGAGAUACCAAGAUAUAUUUUUAAUUGGUUCUUCUUUGUUAUUUUUAAAAUGAGUCAUGCUUCUAUGAUAUAUUUAGUAAACACAGAUGCAAGAUAUACUGUCAUGUAGAUUUUUAAUUGAUCUUUAAUUGCUUCUCUUUCAGUAGGAAUUAAUGUCUGAACUCAGUAAUACGCCCUGGGGCUAAAUUAUGAAAGACCGUCAUAUCAAUAAACUCUAAUUUUAACUGUU